AAGUACAUUGAACUAUUAUUUUUUUGGUAACAUAAUAAUCAUAUGACAUAAGUAGUAACUGAAGAGAGGAAUUUAAAGAUGGCUGCGAUAAAGUUUGGAUCGCAUUUAAAGGAAUUGCGAAUUCUUCUAUGUCAGACGUCAAAGUCAAGCGAAGGAGUUAGAGACUUCAUAAAACAGAAGUAUGUUACUAUUAAAAAAAGUAAUCCAAAAAUUCCAAUUUUAAUUCGGGAAUGUUCUUUAAUUGAGCCAAAACUAUAUGCACGUUAUGAAUAUGGCGUAGAACGAAAUGUAUCUUUGAAUGGCUUAAAGUCUGAAGAAAUUCUUGAGAGGCUCAAACAACUUGUAUCCUCAAAACCAUGAAUGUACUCUACCUUGUAAUAUAGAUAUGUAUCAUAAUUGCUUAGUUAUCAAAUAAAAUAGUUAUAUAUAAAUUAAAAAAGCAAAAA